AUGGUGUCAAUCUCACCAGAUCAUACCGUCGUUCUCAUAACCGGUGCAAAUCAAGGGAUCGGCUUUGAGUGCGUCAAGAAGCUGGCCGCUGAACAAGUCGAUUAUCAUCUCCUGCUCGGCUCUCGAAGCCUGGACAGGGGGAAAGAAGCAACCCGCAGCAUCGCGGAUCUGGCUCGAGGAACAUCUGUUGAACCCCUCGAGCUCGACGUCGACGACGACGACUCCAUCGCCCGAGCUGCCAAGCUUGUUGAAGAGAAGUUUGGUCGGCUUGACGUCCUGCUCAACAACGCCGGCAUCAGUCGUGUCAACGGCGUGAGCUUCCGCGAGAAUAUGACUCGAGUGAUUCAAACCAACGCAAUCAGCGCCGCAUGCGUCACGGAAGCGUUUAUUCCACUAUUGCGAAAAGCUCAGGUCCCUCGACUCAUCUUCAUGUCGUCUAGUCUGGGGUCCAUCACCCUCACUUUGGACCCUACCUUCCCGUUUUACGGGUUAGGGAAUCCGCCCCAAGUCAAGGGAUAUAUAGUAUCGAAGUGCGCCGAGAAUAUGCUCGGGGCUCUGUAUGCGGUUCAACUGGGAAAGGAAGGUUUCAAAGUCAACACGGUUUGCCCGGGCCAUAGAGCCACCAACUUGAACGGCUAUAACAAGAAUGCCGGCAAAGCUGCUGAUGGUGCGAUCGAGGCAUGUCGAUUAGUCGUGGACACGGACAAGGAUGGUCAACAUGCGACGUUCACCUCGGCAGAGACCCGAUAUCCCUGGUGA